AUGCAUAACCACACCUCCUCUGCCCAUUUCACACCCACAUUUACUGACAGGUCAUCACUGCAAGGUGGCUAUUUAAACAACUGUAACGCAGCCAUCCAGACCUUCAGAGUGCUGGGAGGCACCAAGUCCACCAUGCAGAUCACUUCAAGUCUGGUGUCAUUUAUAUCAGUGCUGUGGAUGACUGCGUUCAUCUCCGCAGGAUGUGAAGGAAACCCACUCAGCUGCAGGCUGUGGACUGAGCCUCAGAUCCCUGGGCUUUCUAUGAAUGGAGAUUUUAUAGUUGGCGGGAUUUUCACCAUUCAUUACUACACAAAAUCAGAACAGAACACCUACACCAUACAGCCACCACAGCCACAGUGCUCUGGGAGCAUGGAUUUCAGGCAGCUUCGCUUUGCCCGUGCUUUGGAGUUCACUAUCCAUGAGAUCAACAACAGAACAGAUCUCCUUCCGGGCAUCAUGUUAGGCUACCAGAUAUACGACUCAUGCUCUGACGUACAGAUGGCGAUUAAAGCUGCAUUUCAGUUUGCGAAUGGCUUGGAGCCCAUUUUUAAUUAUACCGAUUCCUGUUCAAAAUCGGCAACUGCCGCUGUACCUGCUAUCGUGGGAGAUUCUAACUCCACCCCGUCAAUCAGCAUGGCCAGAACUCUCGGUCUUUUUGAAAUUCCACAGGUGAGUCACUACGCAACCUGCGCGUGCCUGAGCGAUAAACGUCAGUUUCCCAACUUCUUUAGAACCGUACCUAGUGACGAACAUCAAGCGGCUGCAUUGGCGAGAAUGGUGAAGUAUUUCGGCUGGACAUGGAUUGGGGCAGUGCGCAGCGACACGGACUACGGAAACUACGGAAUGGCAGCGUUCCUAAAGGCUGCGCAGGAGGAGGGGAUCUGUGUGGAGUACUCCGAGGCCUACUACAGAACACAACCGCGCAGGAAACUGGAGGGAUUAGCUGACAUCAUCCGCAGAUCAACGGCACGAGUAAUAAUAGCGUUUGUUAACAUAGGUGAUAUGAGGUUUAUCUUGGAGGAAUUAGCAAGACGACCACUACCUCGUCUGCAAUGGAUUGGCAGCGAGUCAUGGAUCACACAUCCAGAGUUUCUGCGGUUCAACAUUUGCGCUAGCGCAAUAGGUUUUGGGAUUCCCCGAUCAGUUAUUCCGGGUCUUCGUGAGUUUCUUUUAGACCUCUCUCCAAAACAAGCCUCGGAAUCGUCCAUAUUAACAGAAUUUUGGGAGAGCUCGUUCAGUUGUAGCCUAAAAGGGCGGACAGACUCUUCAGAGCUCGUGCGGGAAUGUGACGGCAGUGAGGACAUCCGCGUGCUUCAGAACCCAUACACAGACACGUCUCAGCUGCGCAUCACUAACAUGGUCUAUAAAGCUACAUAUGCCAUAGCGCAUUCAAUACACAACGUUAUCUGUAAUGACACGCAAUGCGACAAGACCAUUAAAUAUGCACCUUCGCAGAUUCUCGACCAGCUCAAGAGAGUGAACUUCACCACAAAGAAUGGUUAUCAGGUCAACUUCGAUUCCAACGGAGACCCUGUAGCUGUCUAUGAACUCAUAAACUGGCAGUUUAAGAAAGAUGGCACUUUAGACUUUAUGACAGUGGGCUACUAUGACUCAUCCAAACCGAGAGGACAGGAGUUCAGAAUGAGCAGUGCUGUCAGCUGGUUAGGAGGGCAGACAGAGGUGCCAAUGUCUGUAUGCAGUGAGAGCUGUUCUCCAGGCACCAGGAAGGCUGUGCAGAAGGGAAGGCCUGUCUGCUGCUAUGACUGUAUACCAUGUGCAGAGGGAGAGAUCAGUAAUAUGACAGACUCUUUGGAUUGUGUCCGCUGCCCUCCUGACUUCUGGCCAAACACCAAACAAGACAGCUGCCUCCCCAAACCCGUUGAGUUCCUGUCCUGGGAUGAAAGUUUAGGGAUUAUCUUGACAGUGUUCUCUGUUGUUGGAGCCUUUGUGUCUGUGUGUAUAGCUGCUGUAUUCUACAGAUACAGGACGUCUCCUAUCGUCCGAGCCAACAACUCAGAGCUGAGCUUCCUGCUGCUCUUCUCUCUGACUCUGUGUUUCCUCUGUUCACUUACUUUCAUUGGUCAGCCCUCUGAGUGGUCCUGUAUGCUGCGUCACACAGCGUUUGGGAUCACCUUCGUUCUCUGCAUCUCUUGUGUUCUGGGGAAAACAAUAGUGGUGUUAAUGGCCUUCAGGGCUACACUUCCAGGCAGUAAUGUCAUGAAAUGGUUUGGGCCGCCACAGCAGAGAUUCAGUGUUCUUGCUUUCACUCUCAUACAGGUUGUUAUUUGUGUGCUUUGGUUAACAAUCUCCCCUCCUUUUCCCUUCAAAAAUCUAAAGUACUACAAGGAAAGAAUAAUUCUAGAAUGUGAUUUAGGAUCAGCUGUGGGUUUCUGGGCUGUACUGGGUUAUAUAGGAUUCCUGGCCUUCUUGUGUUUUGUUUUGGCUUUUCUAGCACGGAAGUUGCCUGAUAACUUUAAUGAAGCCAAAUUCAUUACAUUCAGUAUGCUCAUAUUCUGUGCAGUUUGGAUCACCUUUAUUCCAGCUUAUGUCAGCUCUCCUGGAAAAUACACUGUAGCUGUGGAGAUAUUUGCUAUUCUGGCCUCAAGCUUUGGUUUGAUUAUUUGUAUUUUUGCUCCCAAGUGUUUCAUAAUCAUUUUUAGGCCAGAGCAGAAUACCAAGAAACACCUUAUGGGUAAAGUUCCCUCUAAAGCUCUUUAA